AUGUCGUCAGAAGAAUUUCUCCUUACCUUUAGACGGUUCACUUCCCAGAGGGGCGUUCCGAGUGAGGUCAUUUCGGACAAUGCAUUACAAUUCAAAACAGCUAGUGUUACAAUUGAUUUACUUUGGUCUAGAAUGCUUAAAAAUGAGGAGGUUCUUAGUUACAUGUCCGAAAAGAGAAUAAAAUGGCAUUUUAUCGUCGAACGUGCACCAUGGUUCGGAGGAUAUUAUGAAAGGCUAGUUGGUUUAGUCAAAAGAUCACUACGUAAAACAUUGGGUCGUAAAUUACUUACCUUGAUUCAAAUGACAACGGUUUCGAAGGAAAUUGAAGCCGUAAUUAACGCAAGACCAUUAGUUUAUGUUGGUGACGACAUCGAUUCAAAUAUCACGUUGAUACCAAACCAUUUCCUUACCUUAAAUCCAAGAGUCAGUGUACCUGAUACUGACAGUGAUGAAAAUGACCACAGUUACUUACCUUGUGAAAGUUCAGCAGAAAAAUUGUUACCUUUGUGGCAUAAAGGUAAAGUACUGCUUGACAAAUUUUGGAAAAUCUGGAGAGAUGACUAUUUGUUAAGUUUGAGGGAACGGACACAAACGAAGUUAAAAUCUGUGAGGAUUCAAUCCACAGCUCAACCCUGUGUAGGGGACGUAAUUCUUGUGAAAGACGAGCUUGCGCGAAGUUGUUGGAAAAUGGGUAGAAUCAUCAAACUAAGGAUAAGCAGUGACGGAAAUGAGCGAUCGGCGAAGUACAGUUGGCAUCGGGUCGUGUAA